UCGAAAAAGCGCUCUCUUGGUUAUCGGAAAACAGCUGAGAGAGCAACUACAACAACAUCAGAACGCUCGGAUCUCGUAAAUUUAUAAGAAAUUUAAUUAUUCAACCCGCCCGAACCGAGUCAAUCGAAUUAAAUUACCCAAAGCGUGCGACAAAGUUCUUAAAGCCAAACACUUGUGAGUGCGGGUGUCACCUUGCAUUUGAAGUUUCUAAUUUUCCGAAGAAGUGACCAUUAUACCCAAAAGGAAAAAAAAGGAAAAAGCUCGCGGUGUGUAGUAUUUCGGCCUGGUUAUAGUUGGGUGUGUGUCUGUGUGUUGUAGUACUAUUAUUCUGCAUACAAGUCCGUAGUGCAUCGUUUUGUAUGUUGCGGCAUUUUGAUGACGAAAUUAUUUUUGGAUAAGCGUUUGAUGAGAGCGGGGGCAUCUUCAUCAUUGGCACUAUUGGCAGAAUGGAAAGCGAGCGGUUGCGUAUCACGCUGGACAGUGCCGAGUGCGUCUAUUUCGCCGGCGACAUCAUUCGCGGCGAAAUCUGGAUGAAUCUCAGCAAGCGCACCAAAAUACGCGCUAUUAAAGUCCAGGUGACCGGCAAAGGAAAGUGCAAGUGGAUCGAGAUCCUCCGGAAGAACUCGAACAACAAUGAGUACUCGCGCAGUCUGUUCUACACCAGCAAAGAGGUGUAUGAGCACAGUGAGACGGCCCUGCCGGACUUCGAGCCUAGGGGCCUGGAGCUCUCGCCCGGGGAGCACACUUUCAUCUUCGAGGUGGCGCUUGGCAGGCAACUGCCCUCGAGCUUCAAGGGCAGUUACGGCGGGAUCAAGUACAAGAUGCGGGUUCUGAUCCAGCGACCGUGGACCUUCGACGAGCGGCACACUAUUCCUUUCACGGUGGUGAAGUUCAUGCCAUUGCGGCCAUCGCACCGCAGCGUUCCCAGUCCCCUGGAGAAGCAGGUGACCAAGACGAUCAGCUUGUUCGGCACCCGACCUAUAACCCUGCUGGCCCUUUUGCCAGAGGACUUUGCUGUCCGCGGAGAACCCCUGAAAAUCUGUGCCACCGUAAUAAACAACAGCACGACCGCCGUGGAGAAGUUGCUUACUGUACUCCAGUAUGUCACCUAUUACAGUCACGUUCCGCUCCGUGUCCAAAAAGUGGAGUGUAUUUCUGUGGCCACGAAGGAAACUGGUUCGGUGCAGAAGAAAAGCGAACGAAGCUUCGCUCACGAACUCCUCCUGCCUGAGGGAACCCAGCCCACGGACGAUCAAAUGAGUGGAGUGAUCACCAUCGUGUAUGAGCUACGUGUGGAGGCGGUGCUGCGAGGAUUCUUUAAGAAUCUGGUGCUUAAUCUUCCCUUUAAGGUGUACUCGCAGGACACCUCCAAUCGAGAGUCAGCCAUGCGCCCACCGCCGCCACCACGUCCAAACGAUGGGCCUCCCGGUCCUGAUGUGGGCACUGGCAAUCCAUUUGAGCCCGCGCUGCCCGUUUACCCUUCGCUGGACUCAUCGAUUGGCUCGCCGUCGCAUUCUUCGCAGUUUAGUGAGUGCAGCAGCAUCAACUCCAUCACCUCCGACUCAUCGGCGGCCACUUUGAGUCCAGCCGUGGGCGGUGGCGUGGGUGGUGUCGAGGUAUCCUACACUUCCGGCUCGCAGUCUUCACAGUACGGCAGCCCUUCGGCCAGGGCCAGUCUGCGCAGCUCCAACGUUCCCUAUAUGCCGUACUCGUCCAGUCCACUGAUGGUGCAGUCUUAUCCACCUCCCCACCUGCCCGCCUAUCCCCUGCCCGAGUCGCCACAGUACUCUCUACUCGCACUGACCCCCCCACCGAAUACGGCUCCAUCUCCAGCUACAGGGGGAGCAGGGUCAGGAGUCCCAGCAUACAGUCAGCUGCCAUCCACCUCAGGAUCGUCUUCGCUCCUGCAGUCCCGUCAGCCACCAGGGGCCCAUGAGCUUCCUCCCUCCUAUGAGGAAUUGUUCGGAAUGGCCAAUGCUCCUCCACAAACACCCAAAUAAACGGGAUCGAGAGUCCCUAUAAGAAGCCACCCAGUUACGUCCAAGCUUUGCCUAGACAUAGAGCUUCAGGUUUACUUUAUAGAUUUACUGAUAUAAAAAUGUCGAAUAUUCUAAGACCGUCAACGGUUUUAAAGCAACAAAUAUGCAAAAUGUGCACAAAUCAGCAAUAAUAUUGUUUAUUAACUAAAGCAUUUUUCGUUGAAACUUUAAUCAAACGGAUUGUUGUGAAUCGAAUUUGUUCCUUUUUCUAAACUCUUUUUUUUAUCUUUUUUUUGAUAAGGCAAAGACUUCCUUAAAGUUAUAUUUUUCUUUUACAAAUAUUUUGUGCAAUCUCUUUUAAAAUAUAAUCUCACUUUUUUCGAAAGUCUGGUUUCCCAAAGGCUGAAAUGAAAAUUCAAUGAGAUUCUCAGAAUUUUUGUAUAUUCUUUUUUCACAACUUGCUAUAUACAAUAUUACGUAUAAUAUGUUCACUAUGACAAUAAACUGAUCAGACUAUUUGCAUUGUCCUUUCGUACUAAAAAUUGAGCUUAAAACACACAUUUAAUUUAUGUAGAAUCUCCAAAGGUCUGUGUUGUAGUUAGCUUGAAGGAGCCAAGACUAAACAAAAACUAUACGAAUAUAAACUAUGCAUAUUAUCAGAACAAAUUAUAAAUUAGGUAAUUCUUGCGUAACAAAUUUAGAUAACAUAAUCACAAUUGAACAACUUUCUGCUUUUAAAAGAAUUUAAAGCAAUCUCAAGUCUGUCUUCUGUUAAAAUUAAUUUAUCAAACUAUAUCUGAAGAGCCAACCUUUUGCAUUUUUAAGAAUUAAAUCUUGAGCAUUACUCACCCCAUGACUAUUUAUCACACUUUCGCACCGAAACCCGCCUAUUUAUCAAACAUUUCUCACUUUUAUACGUCCAUCUCCAAAGAUUCAGAUCGAAAGGAUUUACACCAUUUUAUUCUAAACCAAAACAGGUGUAACAUUAAUAUUUAUUUCUCCCACUGGAAUCUACUUUUAGAAAUUAAGUACUUAAGCACAAAUUGAAUACUCUAAAAGAGAGUCGAUUCUUCAAAAGCAGAAGAAUCUGAUUGACAAGCUUUAGUGCCUCUGUAUGAUGAAUGUAUUGAUGAAUGUAUGAUGAGAAAAUAAUUUUAUACACCCAUCAUUCGAGGGCAGUGUAACUUUUUAGUUUUAAGCGCACAAUAUGCAAAUUACGUACGAACAAUGGAUUUCGUUAAGGUGCUUUACAAAUCACUAUUUUUGGAUACCAAUUUUUUGUGUUUUCUUUGAAUUUAGUGCAAGUAAGCUAAAUUUCAAUAUGAUUUAAAUAAGCAAGGAAACAAAUAAAAUGUUAAUAUAAUUACGAAGAC